AAUAUUAUUGAAUACAAUAUUCUUAUCUUCGUUCUCUCUUCGACCAAUGUAACGAAUAGAGAAAAAUAAAUUCGGCAAUUUCUGAGCUUCUCAGCUGUAACAGUUUAAUCAUAAUAAGAAAUAAUAUUAUGUGUAGUUGUAAGUGUUUACUAUUUUGUAGCCAUGUGCGUAAUAAUAUCAUAAUAAUAUUAUCGUACACGCAGAACCGCAACGGAUUAAAAAUAAAUCAUACCGAUUAUCGAUAAGACGCACUGGGCCGCGGUCGUCGUCUUUCGCUAGUCGCGACCCUCUCCCAUUGUUUCGAGUGUGUGUAUCUGUUAAAAGAGGGGACUGCAGAAAACGCGCGCAUGCGCACAAUCGAAACGAAGAGACUGAUACUUAAAGCUAAGAGAGCAAACGGAGUAUGACGGAAAUCGUACGUUGACGAUAUGCACAAAAACGGGUGAUUUGCAUAAUAUAGACGGUGGCAAAAUGAACGCUGUAAAGUAUACAGUUUUUCACGCCGUUCCAUUAACGACUUAAGUACGAAAUAAUCGAUCAUAUGAGAAAAUUGAUUUUUGGUUAGUUUUCUAACAUUCUUAGAAAAUGACCGUGUACCUACCUAGUUAGUAGUUUUUAAUCUUCGUUCCGAUCUCCGUCCGCUCCUCUACGGUGACAAUAAUAAUAAUGAUUUAUUAUUAUUAUAUUGUAACGACGAUGUACGAAUUAAACACACGAACGCCAGUGGGCUAAUAUUCGCAAGUAUGCGUUAGAAUUCAAAUGAAACGACGUGACAGGUAUCACACGUGUUGAUCUUCCACCUGUUGGCCAUAUGUUUUUAUCCUGUAGACAUCGAUCCCCGCACGCGCCCACCACCACACAGUCGUCGUGUGGCGACGGCGUCGGUGUAUCCAUCGAUGACUGCUGCCGCCGCUGUUUUAUAUACACGGUCCCCGAGAUUUUUUAUAAUAGAUAACGAAAUAAUAAUUGAUCCCUGAUCCCUCUUCGUCACAAUCGAAUAAUCUUAAAACUGUUGUUCUCAGCCGUCAUCGACGUCAUUUUACAAUAUAUUUUUUUCGUCCGUUCGUCGAUGGUAGUUCAGAGUGUAUAGUCAUCAAGUGAAUACUGAUUGCAACACCGCCACCAGUUCUCCAGUAUUAUGUAUUUCUUCAAACUGAUUAAAAGAGAAUAUGCGGGAACCGUUAAGAGCGAAUACCAGACGGCCGCCGACGCACAGUCGGUGGUCGCCACCAUGCCGUCCGCACGCGAACACCACCACCAACAGCCGCCGCCGCCGCCGACGCCGGCCACUGCGACGCCGGUGCUCACGGUGCUUCAGUACCAGCGGCCGCGGACGUACACCAGCACGGGCGUCGCCCUGUCGCUGCCGCCCAAGAAGAAGGACAUUUACCGGCCCUAUUCGCUGGACGACCACAAGCCCAUAAAGUGGCCGCGGCCCGAGGAGGACAUCAGCGCCGCUCAAGCCAUACUCGACCUGAGCGCAUCGACGCCGGUGGUCGUCUGCCGACCGCCGCCGCCGCCGCCGGCUCAACAACUGCAACAGACUCCGCCGCCGCCGCCGCCACCGCCGGCCAUUCCGAUUCAACAACCGUCGGUCCCGACGCCGCCGACACCUCAACAAGUCGUACCGACCGCCGUCAAACAGCAACCGACCGAACAACAACUGCAACAACUGCGCCCGCCACCGCCGUCCAUACCUUUGUCGACGGUGACCACCGUGACGACGACCACCAGCAAAACGGUAGCUUAUACGUACGAAGCGUUUUUCGUCAGCGACGGCCGAUCGAAACGCAAGUCUUCGGCCGCCGCGGCGGUCGCCGCAGCUUCGGCGUCCUCUGCGUCCGGCUCGGCGGCCUCGUCCGCGUCCGGCGAAGAGUGCGCCGCCGACGACAAGUCGUCCGUCGGCGCGGCCUCGGUGAUCGGCGCCGACUUUGCCGGCGCGACGGCCAACCGACCGUCCAAGUACACGUGCUCCGAGUGCGGCAAGCGGUACGCCACGUCGUCGAACCUGUCCCGACACAAGCAAACGCACCGGAGCUUGGACUCGCAGUCCGCCAAGCGGUGCAACGUGUGCGGCAAGCCGUACGUGAGCAUGCCCGCGCUGGCCAUGCACCAGCUCACGCACAAGCUCACACACGCGUGCGGCGUGUGCGGCAAGAUGUUCAGCAGGCCGUGGCUGCUGCAGGGCCACUUGAGGUCGCACACCGGCGAGAAGCCGUACGGUUGCGCUCACUGCGGCAAAGCGUUCGCCGACCGUUCCAACCUGCGCGCCCACAUGCAGACCCACUCGGGCGACAAGAACUUUGCGUGCCCGCGGUGCUUCAAGUCGUUCGCCCUCAAGUCGUACCUGAACAAGCAUCUGGAGUCGGCCUGCCUGCCCGUGGCCACCGCCGCGGCCGCCACCGUCACCGCGCCCGAAUCCCCUUCGUCACUUUCUUCGUCGUCGUCGUCGUCGUCGUCAUCGUCGUCGUCGUCGGCGUCGUCUACGUCUUCGUCUUCGUCGUCGUCUUCGGCCUCGGCCGCCGCACUGUCACCGUCGCACCAACAUCACUCGCCUGCACAUUUGCAACUUCUCCAACAGCAGCCACACCAUCACACGACUACCGCCGAAAUCACCAAUCUCAACUUGUUACGUCCAACGGUACUGCACACUGCCUAAACCGGCGCGCAUCACAUAUCCGUUCAGACGCGCAUCAUCCUGCGCGCGCGUGCGUGUCACUCAUUUUCUGGUCAUUAUUGUAAUUUUUUUUUUUUUUUUUAACUAUUUUAUUAUUACUUUCAUGUGUCUUUCUUAUUAUCAUAUUCUGGUCGUAUGUUAUAGUCAAUUUUUUCGAAAAUCUUUAAAAUCUAGUUCAUUUUAUUUUUAUUAUUAAACGGUUAGAGGUGGGUAUUUUUUAUUAUAAUAUUAUAUUAUUUUCACAUUUAAACACUAGUCACGAGUUUCUAGUCAAUGUAUAUUCUGCAGAUAAUAUUUAGAUGUUUAUAUAAAUAUAUGUAUAUUUUUUUUAAAUUUAUUUACCGUAACAAAAUUUCAACACACAAAAUAUAUUCUAUCGGUUUAAGUUUUUUAUUUCUUUUCUUUACUUUUAUUUUUUCAUUCGCGAAAGGGGGCGUGCAAUAGCGUGUUUUGUUUUGUUUCGGCGUUACAGUCAAUUUUUAUUUAAAUAUAUUAUUACUAUUAAUACUAUUACUAGUUUAUCUGUUUAUUUUAAAUCAUAUCAUGUUUUAAUUUUUUCAUUAAGCGGACAUUAUAUUUGCAUGAAAUCUCACAUUAUUAUUAUAGCCUCUAAAUAGUCUAGAAGUUAAAUACAAAUGUGCGGUUGGUUCCUAACCUUGCACAACCCUGUGUAUAGUAUAUAGCAAUAUUUGCCAGUGGUUGAUUAAUGCGUAAAUACAUUAUAUGUAUUAUAAUUUAUAAGCAACGUGUAUUAUUUAAACACGUUUAAACGUGUGUUUUCGUUUUUUUUUUUUACAUAUAUAUUAUAUUGUAUUAUAAUUUUAAUUCUUUUUAAUUUUAAUUGGAUGUAUACACGCGUAUAUAUCAGAGUGUGUGGUCUAGUCAUUUAGAUUUAAGUAGAGCUACUGCGAGAGUGGUAUGAACUAUACUGAAAAUAUAUAAGAGAAUGCGAUCUCAAAAAAAAAAAAAAUUAAAAAAAAAAAUAUUGAAUGUUAAAAAAAAAUCAACGUAAUUAAUUAUGUUAUAUUAAUUAUUAAUAUUGUAUUUUGUAAAUAAAGUUUAAUAGACAUUAAGCGGUUUUUCGUAUAGUUAAAUAAAUUAUAAAUAAAAGACUAAAAUAAAUUGUGGUAAUUAUGUGGUCAUAAUAUCAAUAUGAUAUAGUCGAUGUUGGGAAAACUCCUAGUAAAUAUUGCAUUUACCCGUGUUUUUGUUCGAAGCCCAAUAUUUGAGAUUAGAUGGAAGAGAUUAGAGUACAAAAACUGAGACACCAAAAAUUGUUUUUUGUAGAUUAAAAUAUUAAUUAUGUUACAUAAUAUAGUUUUAAGAAAAUUUUAAUAUAGUGAAAAAGCAAUAACGUAACCAACUCGUCUGCUCAAUAAUGUAAUAAAAUUAGGGACAAAAAAAAUAAUUAUUAAAAUAUUAUAUUUCUUUUCGAAUUUCAAAUAUUAUUAUAACUAUAUAUUACAAAUAUUUAUAUUAGAUGUACUUUUUCUCUACACGUUAAUAAACACUAUGAUAAAAUUUAUUUUGUUUUUGUUUUCUUCUCUUUCUAUAAUGUCUCGGUGUAUAUAUACUAUAAAUAUAUAUGUGUAUGUAACAUAUAUAUUAUAUAAAUAAAAACCUUUGUAAACUUUAUAUUUUUCGUCCAAAAACCUUGGACUCUCGUGUAAGAUGUUUAACGAUGAUAUACUUUUAAGGAAACUCAUACAUUUAAGUACGUAUUCGAAAAGCAAUAAAAUUGUAGAGGGAGAAACGGGAGCGUGAACGAUAACGCCUUCCGGGAGCCUCUUGUAGAGCGUAGAGCAAUAAUUUUGUGAAACCUAUAGCAAUAUAUUAUAUCAUAAUAUAUUAUUGUGUAUUUUACAUUUGUAUUCAUUCAUUUAUUUAUAUUAUUUUGAUUUUGAUUUUUAUUUAGAGUUGGACGGAGGUAUUAGGUACCUCUGGUACCUAUUAUAAUAUCAUAGUAUUAUAGCUCGGAAGUGAAUAUUAUUAGAACGACCGAGCACCGCGUCCAUAGUUUUGUUUAUAUUUGAAUUUUUAAAUUUAUUGAAACUAUUUUUUUGUACAUUUUUUUAUUAUUAUUAUUAAAAUGAUAUGUUAACAUAUUAUAUAUAUAAUGUAAACUUAUUUAAUAUAUAUAGGUAUGUAUAAUAUACACAUAUGCGCGGUGGUAGAAGCAAUUAUAAUAUUAUUAUUGUAACACUACAGCAGUGCAUUAUAGUAUAAUAGGUGGGUAUAAUAAUAAUGAUGAUAUUUUUGGACGCCGUUUUUCAAUGAUUUAAAAUAAAAAUUGUUUAAAAAAAACACACAGUGGCCUUGAAGAAUUCGUUUUUAAGACUAUAACGUACCCAAAAAUAUAUAAUAUAUAUAUAUAUAUACACAAUACAUAAAGAGUGAAAAAGAGAAUCAUUUUUGGACGUUUAAUGUGAGAGCGGAACAGGCAUAGAAUCCAGCAACUAUAGAGGUUAAAUUUUUAAUAAGCACGUACUUAAAUCAAUGUAAUUAUCAUUGUCCAUUCACAAUAUCGUCAUCGAUAUAUAAUAUAUAUUCAGAAGCAUACCUAUAACCCGUCCAGUUAAGGCAACCAUCGUUACGAUUUAAAAAAAAAUAGUUCGUAAACUAAUAUUAUACUGAAAACAAUACUACAAUAUUAAUUAUAGAAUAAUAUUAUGUUUUUUAAUAUAAUAUAGUUAUAUGACCAUUUUUUUUUAUAUUUUAAUGGUUGUCGAGUACGAACUGGUCGAGUUAUAAUAAAAUAAUAUAAUAUGUAAAGUGUUAUUACGAUAUUUCAACGCUGCCUCUGUUCGUCAAUACAAACAACGUUUUACUGAUGACAAUUUAUUGUUGUAAUAGUAUAUGUAUGCAAUGUGUUGUUAUUAUAAUGUACCCGGUAAUUUUUUAACGUUUUUUUUCUAAUGUGACCGCGAUAUUAGGGUUUACGAUAUAAUAUGACUUGAUUGAAAAUUGUAAGACCACGUACGAUUGUGUCGUAAAUCGGCAAAGCAAAAAUAUUUAUAUGAUAUUAUAUUGUAGGUGUUAAUAAGUCAUUUAUCUGUUUUUUUUUU